AGCUACGACGGCUUGUGGGAGGCGGGCAGGAUGCACGGCUUCGGGCGCUACAAGUUCGCCGACGGCAUGCUCUACAGCGGCGGCUUCAAGAACGGCCUGCCCGACGGCGAGGGCUCGGCCUGGUACCCCGGGGGCACGAAGUACAAGGGCCACUGGCGCGACGGACUCCACGAGGGCACGGGCGUGAUGACGUACGCGACGGGGUCCACCUACGACGGCUACUGGAAGGACGGCAAGCGCCAGGGCGAGGGGAAACUGACCUUCGCCUCGGGCACGGUCUACGAGGGCCACUUCUGGCUCGGCAAGUACCACGGCCGCGGCCGCGUGACGUCGCCGACGACGGGCUUCGAGUUCGUCGGAUCCUUCCACCGGGGCUUCGUCAACGGGCCCGGCGCCCUCGUCUGGCCCGACGGCGAGCGCGACACGCGGAACUGG